AUGAGAUAUUUACGGUUCGUUUCCCCACAUUUUUCUAGUAUUCACAAAACCCUAAACCCCCAAAGCCCUAAUCUUCUAUCCUUUCUCCAAUCGAAGCCCCAGAUUUGUUCGCAUUUCGUGUGCAAUUUCACCACUGAUGCACCGGAGCAAAAGCCACCUCCGUCCGUGACGGUGUCGGCAAUCGCGGAUGAGAUCUCGGGCCUGACUUUGCUUGAAGUCUCGGACCUCACGGAGGUUCUGAGGGAGAAAUUGGGCAUAAAGGAGAUGCCGGUGAUGGCGAUGAUGAUGCCGGGGAUGGGAUUUGGCGGCUUGAAAGGGGCCGGCAAGGGUGGUCCGACGGCGGCUAAAGGCGAGGAAAAGGUGGAGAAGACGGCUUUUGAUGUAAAGCUCGAUUCUUUUGAUGCUGCAGCGAAGAUCAAAGUGAUUAAGGAGGUGAGGACGUUUACGAGUUUGGGGCUGAAGGAGGCCAAGGACUUGGUCGAGAAGGCGCCUACCCUGUUGAAGAAGGGGGUUACCAAGGAGGAGGCGGAUUCAAUUGUCGCGAAGAUGAAGGAAGUUGGUGCCAAAGUUUCUAUGGAGUGA